UAUAAGUGAGAUAAAAAAGUCCUUAAUAUAUAAUAGAUAUUAGUAAAUUUUAAUUUACUAUAUACACAAUAUAAUUUUUAAAUUGUGCUUUUUACUAAUUUUAUUAAAAUAUCUAUUAUGUUAACGGGAAUACUUAAAGGAACACUUUUAUGUUGUGACAAUGAAAAUUUUACCUGGAAUAAUGUAAUUAACAUAAACAGACAUGUUUUUAAUGAGACUACGUCUUUAUUAUAUGUCGUUUAUAGAAUAAUAAUCCCUGCAAUUAUAAUUAGCGGCAUUUUUGGUAACAUUUUAAUAUUUCUGGUGUUAUCCACUCCGAUGUUUCGAGGAAUUGCAUACUUAUAUCUCCGAGGAUUAACAUCAGCACACAUCGGCGUUCUUUUAUCUUGGAUACCUAUAUUUAUUAGAUUAGGAUUCGGAAUGAAAAAUAAUUACCCAUCUGCUUUUUAUCAUGCUCAUUUGGAACUGGUUGCUGUAAACACCUUUGCUAUAGCCAGCAUUUUAAUUAUGACCAGCGUAAUCGUCGAUCGAUAUAUCUUUAUUUUUUUCCCGACUCGUAUUCGUAGCAGGAAUGCACGCAAGAAUAUUCAUUCUUUCAUUCUAUGUUCUUUCAUUCUUGGAUUUGCGGUAAGCGCUCCCUUAACAGGAAUGAGAACAGUAUAUGAGCAACAAGAGGAUAUUGGGACAGUUUUUACAUUACGUGAAAAUAUAUCCAUUACACGAAGUGUUUUGUGGAAUGUAUAUAUUUGGAUGAUGGAAAUUAUAUUACGAUUUUUUCCAACUAUAAUUCUUUUUUUGUUAAACAGUUUUGUAAUCAAGAGAUUUUUACAACUUAAUGCUAAAAAAAGAGAAUUUCAAUCAGUUUCGGAAAAAUUUCGCAAUCCAAAUAUUCCUGAAACCUCUUUAUUAACUCGCAAUCGAGGAUACAGAGAAGAACAACAUUUAGCAACAUUAAUGGCAAUAAUGGCAAUAUGUUUUAUAAUAACAAUGAUUCCUUCAAUAUUGCUUGAAUUUUUACAUCAUGAUUACGAAAAUAUAAAUGAUGAUUGCCUUUUAUUUCGAUCAUUUGCUGCUGUUACAGAACUUUGUAAUUUUGCUGUCCAUAUUAUCAUAUAUUUUUCAUGUAGUAAAGAAUUUCGAAAAGAAUUUCUCAAAAUUAUUCAGAAUAGAUGCAGAAAAAGUGUUAUAGAAGAAGAUUUUGAUCGACCAAUAGGGGAAAUUGAAGAUUAUAGUCGGCAUGGUACAACAGUUCGAUUAACACCUGAACAAACAAAAUUAAAUUCUCCAGUUUCUAUGAAUAAAUUGAAUCCAAUGGAAGAAGAUAAAGAGUCAGAAAUAUUAAAUGCCGCUGAUGUCGUCUAAGAAUUAUAUUAUUAU